UGGGAAAUCAGAUGUGAAGUGAGCUGGGUUUAUAAAAGGCGAGGUGGUUCAUCGAGUGACGGGUUAAAAAAAAUAACCGAGCUAUUUGUGGCCUGCCGGUUUGCACAUCAGAUACAGACGAACCAGCAUGGAAGCGCUUCUUUUUCUAUUUCCUCAAUUCAACUACAUGGCCCCAAAGGAGGAAGUGUAUUUCAAAAUUCUUGGUCCAGAAGACUUGCAGGCACCAACGAUGAAGGACGAUAGUAGCAGACAGAAAGACAAGGAGAGGAAGAGCCGACUAAGCCUUUUUCUCACUAAGUCGGGCUCUCAUGAAAACGUCAGUCCCAAUAAAAAGACAAAUACCACCACCAACAUCUCACCAGAAACAGCUUUGCAAUGGAGCGACUCCUUUGAAGAAUUGCUGAAGCACUCAGAUGGUGUGGAAAGCUUUUCUCAGUUCCUCAGGACAGAGUUCAGUGAGGAAAACAUUGAGUUCUGGCUGGCCUGUGAAGAAUACAAGACCAUUGAUUCAGACACCAAGCUGCUGUCCAAAGCCAGAUGUAUUUAUACGGUUUAUAUUGAUUCAGAUGCCCCUAAAGAGAUCAACAUUGACUACAACACCAAGGCAGACAUUCAGAAGGUCAUAGCAAAGCCCACAAAGAGCUGUUUCGAAGCAGCGCAGCUGAUAGUCUACAACCUGAUGAAAAAAGACUCCUACCCCAGGUUCCUCCACUCUGACAUUUAUCUGCGUCUCACCAGGAGGAAAGGCCCAGGGACCAACAUGUUUCGCAGGCGGUCACGCUCCUGUGUAUUCAACGACAGGGGCGAGGCCACGACUGAACCUUCGGCCUGGUAGUGGAAUGGUGACGUCUGCUGGAGUGGUCGGAUACUCAGAUCGUUACAUAGGAGGCAAUCCGUGAUUAGCAAGCACAACUGUGGAAAUGCAAUGUGUCGUUUGAGGCUUGUAAUUCACAGGUUCGAUCUGAGUGGUAUUUUUUCUUUUGUAACCACUUACAUAAUACUGUGGCAGCUUUCCAAUUAUAAAACAUUUAAAGAAAUUGUUCUAAAUCUUGGGGAAUACGCUUAUUUGCUUUCAUGCGAAAAGUAAAUUGAGAGGCUUGAUAGCACUCGCCUACGACACAGCUUCUUCUUCACACCAUGGCUAGAAAGAGCACACAUUUAUUUCCCCAGAGAUCUAACUUGAAGUACUAUACUACACAGCUGGAUAACAGCUGACACCAGUAGCCUUUUCGGACAAAAGAGUACGUUUAGACAUGUUGUUUUUUUAGGCCACUACGUCACAGCAGUGUGGUCAUUUGACCAUAACGGACCCGCUCUGGCCAAUCAGAAUUGAUGUAUUGGAAAGAGUAUUCACUUUGCACACGUGGAAGAAUCUAACCAUCCUGCUCCUCUGGGGCACUGCACGGCCUGUGGAUUUAACCGCUACUGAUGAUUUUAAGAUUUACUAAAAUCUUGCAAAACUCAAAUAUCAGGUUCAGGACCACAUCUCGGCUGAAGUGCCUUCAUGCUACUGCCAGUAUCCAUCCAGUCGACAUGCAGCCGCACUGCAGCCACUCUCCUGACUUCAGACUCAUUACACUUCAAUUGCUUUCUGUUUCAGCCCAGCAAUAGCACCUUAUACAACUUUAAUGCAGUUGAUAUGGCACACAGGCUAAUUUGAACGUAACUCAUUAAAACAGGCUCAUAAUUUUAGGCCUUGCGUUGUCCAACCCCCUCCAGGCGAACUUCUCCAGGCGAACUUGCAGAGAAACCUCACAGCCAUGUUGACUGCGAAGCACAUACACUUUUUAAUAGGGGAUGUAUAUCUCUCAUUUCUGUUUCCAUUUACAGACAGAAAAUGCAUUUAUCUUAUUUGAAUACUAAUAUGACCAUUAUAAUAAAUAAAAUUGUUUUUUCUUUCCUUUUUCUUUCAUCUACUAUAAUUUAUGUAUUACUGUGCUCUUAUGUGUUGCCUUGCUGUUGUAAAAUGUACAUACCAAAUUCAAAUAAACACUUUGUUUAUA